AUGCCUUUCAAAAGAUUGUUCGGCGGUAGAAGAAGAGAGACCAGCAGCUCGAGGGAGUAUGAUGACGAGAUUAGUGACCAAUGGCCAUCCAUUCAACGUAUUAUGAACACUUAUCCAUCAGCCUCACGAAACUCUGACCAUCAGAGCCCCGCACCAGGUCCGGCCCCUGGCUCAUGGCAGAGUGAAGUCCAAAGUCAACCAUGGAAUCAAGGGAUGCAAUUUACAAUGUACAGUCCUCAUACGCGACAACAACCUCAAAAGGACCAAGCUCACGAUGCGGAUAUUUACCAUCCUGGAGGUUCAUUCGGCGUGAGAGGUGUACCACCCACAACGUAUGAAGCUCAGUCUUACGAUGGCUCUUUAGUUCAAGGCGGUACCGGUUAUUCGGCAGAUGCACCAGCUUAUUCUCAAAGUACGGUGGGUCCUGCUACAGGGUAUGAUGCUCUUACACAAGCGAUGCUGGACCAAGCCAAUGCGAACUUGCAUAGAGGCUCGUAUACAUCUGGGAAUGUCCCGUCCGAGCCUAUGGAGGAGGUCCCUUGGCAAGAGGUCCAAAAUACGUUUCGGGAGUAUUUAAAAGCCCGUGAUGUGGUCUUACGAGAGAUCAGACCCUCUUGGUUUCAGAAGAUCAUACCGUCGUUGGAGGAAGAAGGAAUUAAUUAUAAGACUUUCGAACACAAUCCUGAUCGCGUUGAUGAUGAGAUUGACCAAUCCAUAUUUGGUCCUUAUUACAGGGAUACAUGUGAUCGAGAUAGCCGUGUGACGAUCCACAGAGCCAACUCGAACUUGGCUUGGGCCUCACUCCAAUUCGGCUGUUUGAAGCCUAACUUGGAUGUUGAGGUCAUGAAAGGCGUACUAGCCUUUUCAGAGAAGAUCACUCCACAUGAUAUUCGGGACAAAAGCUGGAGGUGGACGAGAGCGGCUGCCUUGAAUGAUGCAGAAAGGUCAGCCCGCGACGAAUAUAUUGAAGCUCGAACACGGCAGCCGGACAGAAGAGAGCGAGAUAGGCUCAGGGCUGAAUAUCGAGAACUAGGAGAAAGUAGACAAGAUAAACUGAGAGUACCUUAUGCUGCUCAGGAUGGUCUUAUUAGAAGAUUCAGGGAGGCUAAUGGAUGGUGGAACGAGGACGAUGACGUGGUAGAUCCUGUCCCUCGAGAGAGUUUCCAUUAG